AUGCAGUUCAUCGACACCUGCGGACAAUUGAAAUCUGUGAUGCAAAAUGAGGGCAUGAAGACUCGAGGUCGACUUACCAUUUGUUCGGAGGUGCGGGUGGCGGUCGUGUGCGCGUUGAUCGAUGUCCGAGGUGACGGAUCUGUGGCGUCUUCGAUUAGCCAAGUCCAUCAAAUGCGUGCAAGAAUGAAGUUUCAAGCUCGUCGUUUGACAACACGAGCGUCACAACAGGUCUCUUACACAGCCCACGAAAACAUGGCAGCAAGCACGAACGCAGCGGCCAAUGGGUCAACAACUGUAUCUGAGCCGAUUGCCAUCUCCAAAGUCGCCCACCGAUACAUGCUGUACGAUGUUAACAUCGUCACGUACCUGCGUAGGGAGCACAACAUCUCGGGUGUCCUCAUCGGCACGCUCCCGCAGGCAUCCCAGCAGAACGUAUUCCUGGGUCUGCCUCUCGAGCUCAUGCCGGAAGAAGCACGUCUGCUGGUCGAGAAAAAGGUGGCACACAUUGUAGACGACGUGGCUGAGCACAAGCGGAGCUUUCUCGGUGGCGGCCUCGGUGUGGACGAAAGGAAAGCGUUUCAAGCCGCUUUGCGAAAGCAAGGGUUGAGCGCAGCAGCCGAGGCCACCAAGAAGAGCGACGACAGGAAAAAGGCAGCGCUGAAGAAGUUGGGAGCGGCCAGCGGAGAUUGGAACGACAUACCGGACGACAUGUUCACGCCAGAUCCCAACAGGAAGAAGAGGCCUGCGGCACGAAGAGUCGGCUCGGUCACCGCUUCUGCUCCACCGACUCCACCCGUUGGAGCCAGUGACGAGGAGUCCCUCUUCGGGCCGCCUCCCGCCAGUGGACCUCCCAAAGCAGCUUCCUCUGUCAUCUCAACGACCGAGAGCUCAACAGGCCCGGAGCCAUAUGGUAUCACGCCAACGACCUCGCAUCCUCCUCUGCAAGCGCAACCGCCGACCAAUGGAGAGUCAUUGGAGCUUCCCAGAGUUCCUGACUCAUAUCCCGUGUACAAGCAUCUGCAUGAGAAAGGUUACUUCAUGGCGCCAGGUCUUCGAUUUGGCUGUCAAUACAUGGCUUACCCCGGCGACCCGCUUCGCUUCCACUCACACUUUUUGUGCAAUGGCAUGUCUUGGGACCAGGAGUUCGACCUUCUCGACCUCGUCGGCGGUGGUCGCUUGGGCACGGGAGUCAAGAAGGGCUUCUUGGUUGGUGGAGAAGAGCCGAAGAAAGAGGCUAGUGACAGUGAAUCAGGCAACGUGCGCGCCUUCUGUAUCGAAUGGGGAGGAAUGUAG